AUGCCGUCUACUCUUCAAGAGAUUCCCACACUUUUUGCCAAAUGUAAGCCUUAUUUUUCAUAAUUUUUAGAAUCGAAAUUUGUGUAGAAAAACAGUGUAAAAUGAAAGAAAUUUGCAGAUAAAGUGGCGAAGAAUAUUUUGGAUCGUAUAAGUAUUUGGAACGGCGAUAUUACAAGACUUCAAAUUGAUGCAAUUGUGAACGCAGCAAAUAGUAGAUUGGCUGGUGGUGGAGGUGUUGAUGCGGCAAUUCAUCGCGCCGCUGGAAAAACGGAACUUCAGCGAGAAUGCAGACAAUAUGAUGGAUGCGCGGUUGGAGAAGCUGUUAUCACUUCAGCUUGUAAAAUCGAGCAUGUCAAGAAUAUUAUUCAUACUGUUGGACCGCAAGUUUAUAGCAGUUUGAAGUCGAGCGACCGUGAGAAAUUGGUGAAUUGUUAUCGAAAUUCGUUGGAACUCGCGAAGGAAAAUGGAUUAAAGUCUUUGGUAUGAACUUUUUUGGAAGGUUUUAGGGUUAAACGAUGACCGAUUUUUCCAAAUUAAAAAAAUAUAUUUUACAUUUAAAUAUAUAAUUUAGGAUCCAAUUUUUUAUCGUUUACAGGCAUUCUGCUGCAUUUCCACUGGUGUUUACGGCUAUCCAAAUGACGAUGCUGCUGAAAGCGUCGGCGAUUUCCUCACCAAAUAUCUUGCGGAAAAUGAGAAUAUCGAACGAAUUGUUCUUGUUACAUUUUUAUUCAUUGAUUACGAGCUUUAUCAUGAGUAUUUUGCAAAUUUCGCCGAAAAUUUUGAAUGA